AUGGCAGGAACAGGAGUUCCGCCAAUCAACAUCGAGGGCACCGCUGAUUGGUCAUCCUUGAGUAGGAUGAUGAACAGCAAGGGGAUUCAAUUCUCCAAAGCGAGGACGGCGGGUACCAGUGUGAAGCUAUUCACAAAUACACCAGCUGACUACCGUCAGCUAGUCGCACUGCUUGAAUGCAUCAAGCGGCCCUUCUUCACAUAUCAACUGAAGGAGGACAGGAUGGACCAGAGGGUCAUUCGUGGGCUUCCGAGAGAGAUGUCAGUCAAUGACAUCAAAGAGGAUCUGGUGAGCCAAGGCAUCGCAGACGCCGUGGUUCAGCAGCUGACCUCAAGGACCACAAAGAAGCCACUUCCGCUCUUCCUCGUCAAGACGAAGAUGCCGGAAAAGCUUGCAGAGAUCCAGAGGCUGGCCAUGCUCACGGUCAGCUUCGAGAGGAAGAAAAAGUCUUCCGAGCCCAGCCAGUGCUACCGCUGCCAGCGGUACGGGCACACACAGCGGAACUGCCGUCUCGCUGAACGGUGCGUUAAGUGUGGAGAGGACCACAACAGCACCAGCUGCAGUCUGCCAGCGCCGCCAACAGGGCAACGAAACGCCAAGUGUGAAGAAUGUGUUACAGCCUCUCUGUCACAGAUGUCAGGACUUAUUAAAUGCCAGAUUCUACCGAACCAGAACUUAUAUCACCCCGUUUUACCGUCAAAAAUGAACAACAAAUUGAUGUUUGUUAACUGUCAAAAAUGUGGUGAAGAUUUCGUUCGAGAAGAGUGUCAGCAUUCUAUUCAAGAAAGAAGCCUAAAAGGAACUUGGGUGAUAGAAGAGGUGCUCAAAGCUAUUGAAAAAGGUUACCAGAUUAUAGAGACUUACGAAAUAUGGGAAUACGAUACAAUUCAGCUCAGUAAAGACCAAGAGGGGUUAUUUAGCGGAAUGAUGAACAAGUUUCUACAAAUAAAACAACAAGCUUCAGGAUGGCCCAAACAUUGCUUAACGGAUGAAGAAAAAAACCGUUAUAUUGAUGCAUUUUUGGAUAGAGAAGACAUAAAGCUGGAAUUUUCAAAAAUUAUAGAGAACCCCUGUUUGAGAUCGUUAGCUAAACUUAUGCUGAAUUCCUUUUGGGGUAAAUUUGCUCAAAAAGAAAACCAAAACAAAACCUCAAUGGUCAGAGACUGUGGUGAAUUCUUUGAUAUGCUGACUAAUCCUUCUAUUCAUGUAAAUACAGUUCUCCCGGUAAACGAAGAAACCCUUCUCAUAACUUGGGAAUUUAGAGAAGAGGCCUAUGACGUUUCUUCAACGGUUAACGUUGUAUUGGCUUCAUAUGUCACGGCCCUAGCUAGACUAAAAUUAUAUUCAUUCUUGGAGAAAGUGGAAGAAAGGGCAGUUUACGUAGAUACAGAUUCAUGUAUUUAUAUCUCUCGUAAGGGAUUAGACGACAUAUCUACAGGCGACUUCAUAGGUGAUAUGACCGAUGAGCUCAAUGGGGGUUUCAUAUCAGAGUUUGUUUCUGGAGGACCUAAGAACUACGCCUACAAAUAUACUACUUUGUCUGGAGAGGAACAGAUCAGAUCUACCAGUCCAAUGCCUACCAAUUCGAGCGCUACUGAUGAACCCUCUGCUCAAAGCACCUCCGGUAAUCAAACUGCCGCUAGGAAAUUCAAGAUUAAUCGAAAAUCGUCAUAAAACUCAAUUCCUUAUUAAUUUAAAUUAUAUAACCAAUCCAACACUACGUGAAAAUCAACACGCACUGAAUCUACAGAAUCAAAAAGUUAUUUUCUUCUGUAAAGGUUUGCAAGGCACUUUUGAGCACAAUACUAUCAAUAUCCAAGAAAGCAUAGUUUCUG